GUGUACAUGUAUUUUGGAUUUCCCUUUCCCCCCCCAAAUAGCGACUCAAGGACAGCAGAGGCGGUGAGAGAGGCAGGACAAAAGGGCCAUUGAGCACGAUGGAGGCGCCCUCUCAGAGCUUCCUGCUCCAGUCCGCGGGGAUACAGUGCCGGGUGAAGCAGGAGCCCGAAGAAGGGCCGCCCCAAGGUUGGGGGUCGCCUGAGUUCUUGACGGUCGUGCAGGUCUCUGACGGGAGGCUCGGAAAUCCGGACGCGCCGUGGGACGAGGCAGAGGCUCCCAUUGAGCGGGCUGGGAAAAAGCAACGGGUGGUGUGCGUUCCAGGCCUCAAAGGUGAUUUGGAGCAGAUGUAUACUACCGAUGUUGACAGAGCAUCCCUGCAAGCCUACGAGAGCCGCGAUGGAGAACGGGCGCCCGUGAAGGAAGAAGCCUUUUGCGAGUCGGAUGCCCCGGAAGCAGAGGCCUACCGCCAGUGUUUCCGGGCCUUCCUCUACCAGGAGGCCGAGGGGCCGAGGGAGGCGUGUCGGCAGCUCUGGGAACUUUGCCGGCACUGGCUGAAGCCGGAGAGGAACACCAAGGGUCAGAUCCUGGAGCUGCUGAUCCUGGAGCAGUUCCUGGCCAUCCUGCCUCUGGAGAUUCAGAGCUGGGUCAGGGAAGGCACACCAGAGACCUGCUCCCAGGCGGUGGCCCUGGCCGAGGAUUUCCUCCUGCGGCGGGAAGAGGCGGAGGAGAGACAAGGAAAAGAGCUGCUGCUUCAUCAGGUGUCUGCCAGUCUCCCGGAAUCAGAUGGAGCUCCGUUGGGUAUUGAAGCAAAACAGCUUUUCAGGGAACCUAAGCAGGAGGAGGAGGAGGAGGAGGAGGACAACGACGAAGGCACCGAAACGGGGGCAGGUUUCAGUUGGGCUCAUGACGAUGAGGAAGAGGAGGAGGAGAAACCAUGUCUGGGGCCCCCUGAGCAAAUGGAAGUGCAGGGUUUGUCCAGAGAAAGACUCCCCUGGUGCGAGGAGAAUGGAGGCAUUUCUGCACAUCAGCCCGACUCAGAACAGAAGACCCACCCCGGAAAGCGACCAGGCAGCUCCCUCCCUCCUUGGGGUGGUGAUGAGGAUCUCGGUGGAAGUGAAGGGGAGGAGAUCCUGCAGCCUGAAGAAGAGAGUUCAUGUCUUCUGGGUGAGAAGACCCUUGGUCAUAUUUGCCACCAGAGGAUCCACGCAGGAGGGAAACUGCACAGUUGCACGGCGUGCUCCAAAACCUUUGUGCUGAGAUCUGGGCUGGUUGCCCACGAGAGGACAACGCACACAGGAGAGAAGUCAUAUCCCUGCCUGCACUGCGGGGAAAGCUGUGACACGAGCUCCCAUUUCGCCUGGCACUCGCGGAGCCACGCCGGGGAGAAGCCGUACGAGUGUUUCAAAUGCGGGAAGAGCUUCCGCAACAACCAUUCCUUCGCCAGCCACCUGCGGAGCCACGUCGGGGGCGAGCCCUUCAAGUGCUUGCGCUGCGGGAAGAGCUUCGGCGCCCGCUCGGAUCUGAUCCGGCACGACAGGUCGCAUGCGGGCGAGAAGCCCUACCAGUGCUUGGAUUGCGAGAGGAGCUUCGGCCAGAGCUCGCAGCUCGCCGCCCACCGGCGGGCCCACGCGGGAGAGAAACCUUUCACGUGCCGCGAGUGCGGGAAGAUCUUCAGCCGGAGCUCGCACCUCCACGGGCACCAGAGGAUGCACUGCAGCGAGAAGGCGCACAAGUGCCUGGACUGUGGGAAAACCUUCAGCGGGAGGUCGCACCUCAACCGGCACCAGAGGAUCCACACGGGGGAGAAGCUCUUCAAGUGCUUGGUGUGCGGGAAGAGCUUCUGCAUGAACUCGGACCUGGUGGCUCACGAGAGGAUCCACACGGGGCACAAGCCGUACAAGUGCGCCGACUGCGGCAAGAGCUUCAGCCAGAAGCAGCACCUCACCAGCCACCAGAGGACCCACACGGGCGAGAAGCCCUACGUCUGCCUGCACUGCGGCAAGGGAUUCAGCGUCAGCUCCAACCUCAACACGCACGAGAGGACGCACACCGGCGUGCGGCCCUUCAAGUGCUCUGACUGCGGGAAGAGCUUCAGCCAGAAGUCGCACCUCAUCGGCCACCAGAGGAUCCACACAGGGGAGAAGCCCUACCUGUGCGGGGACUGCGGGAAGAGCUUCAGCUCCAGCUCGAACCUGAUGGCCCACGCGAGAACCCACAGCGGGGAGAAAGCAUAG